AAGCUGACUGCAGACGAUCUGGCAACGCAUGGUACACAAAAGCAAAACAAAGCAAGGCAAGGAAAGAGAAGAAAACGCAAUUGCGUUUCAACGAAAGAUAAAAACGAUUUGCACCGCACCCAAAAAAGCAAGAUGUCGGAGAUCAAGGCGUUGGAACACGCCACACUAAAAGUGCCAUAUGAGAUGCUGAACAAGCGCUUCCGCUCCGCGCAGAAGAUCAUCGACCGUGAGGUGGACCAGGUGACCAACGUAUCUCGGCAGGUGGAGAAGGCCCUGGAGGCCGAGGAGGGCCCUAUUCUCUCCGAGGUCACCAAGCUAGUGGACAACGUCGCCCAGAAGUUGCAGGUGCUCAAGCGCAAAGCAGAGGAAAGCAUCAACGACGAACUAAGCGUCACACAGAUAUGCAAGCGCAAGCUAGACCACCUGAAGGGCAUCACCCCACCAAACAGUGUGACUGGCGACCUGUGGCAGGGAUCCGUGGACCAGUGGAAGCGCGUCCGACUGGACCGCUUGGUGAUCGAGCACCUUCUGCGCAUGGGAUACUAUGAAACGGCCGAGGAGCUGGCCGCCAAGUCCGAUGUGCGCCACUUGACCAAUCUGGACAUCUUCCAGACGUCUCGCGAGGUCGAGGACGACCUGGCCAACCACAGCACCACUAAAUGCGUACUUUGGUGCAUUGACAACAAAUCCAAGCUACGCAAGAUCAACUCGACCAUUGAAUUCAGCCUGCGGGUUCAGGAGUUCAUCGAGCUAGUACGUCAAAACCAGCGCUUCGAGGCGGUCAAGCAUUCGCGCCGCUACUUUCCCGCCUACGAGAAGACUCAGCUCAACGAGAUCUGCUACGUAAUGGCCCUGUUGGCCUACCCCGCCGACUCCCAGGUGGAUCACUACCGCAAGUAUAUGGAUCCGCAGCGCUGGCAGAAGCUGGUGCUGGAUUUCCGCCACGAGAACUACCGCCUGUUCCAGCUGUCCAGCACGUCCGUAUUCUCGGCAGCCGUGCAGGCUGGUCUGUCGGCUUUGAAGACGCCUCAUUGCUAUGCGCAGACCUGCCGCAACCUCAACUGUCCCGUCUGCCAGGACGAUCUCAACCGCAUCGCCCUCAAGUUGCCAUACUCGCACUGCGUGCAGAGCCGCCUCAUCUGCCGUGUGACGGGGCUGCCGCUGAAUGAGCACAAUCAGCCGAUGAUGCUGCCCAACGGCCAAAUCUUUGGUCAGAUGGCUCUGCCGGACAUCACCAAAGACGACGGCACCGUAACCUGUCCGGUGACCAACACCAAAUUCUCCAACCCCAAGGUCGAAAAGGUCUUUGUGAUGUAAGCGGCGAAGGAUUCGACCUCCGGUCCUCUUCCUACCCAACCGCACUAUGUUAAGCAAUGAACGACUCUAUUUUUGAACAUGUAACUUCAUAUCUAUUGUGUACACCUAUGUCUAAUAUUAUUACUAUUGAUAAGCCAGGCGGCCGCCACAAACGCCCUCGAUUUGAAUUCCGAUUUCGAUUACUCGGCCGCCUAAUGCUGAUGCUGCGCGUGCGCAGGUCUAUUGAUUAGUUGACUCCACUCCGCAUCCACGGGCUGGUUUGUUUCGCAGUCAGUGCUUCGAGGUUGAUUCACGCGAACGGCGUAAUUCGAAUCCGCCUCAGAAGUGGCGCACUAUGCACACCUAACACCACUCAUAUAUAUAUUACAUUUAAAUACGAAUCAAAUAAAGGUUAAAUCGAACGACUUA